CCAAAGAUCAAGAUCAAGACGAAGCUCAAGCCAGGAGUACCGCGUAUCAGAGUCAAACGACAACGAGAACCAGGAUUGGGCUAUGAUUCAGAAGAUCCGGACCGUGAAGAUGAUCCGCAUAUCGAGGAACAGUUCAUUUUGAGGAUGCGUCCGGGAGAGGACUGUGAUUAUCUGCGCAAGGCAAUCGAAGAGAAGCUUAUUGGAAACGGAGCGCACUUCUGGAUCAAGUUCAAAGACCCCAAGAACGCAGUGGUGUCUAUCAGAGGUCACCUCUACUCAGCAAAACUCGUGGACCUACCAACGAUCAUCGAAUCUCACAAAACCCUCGAUAAAAAGUCCCUAUACAAAACCGCCGACAUCUGCCAAAUGCUCAUCGUCGGAGAACGUAUCGAAGACGAAAACACCGUUCUCGCGUUUCCGUCGAAACCACAAGACUACGUCUUCCCACACGGUCUAACAGCACCCCUAAAAUGGGUCCGUAAGCGAAGAUUCAGGAAGCGAGUCAGCAACAGAACUAUUGAAGCGACGGAGCGCGAGGUGGAGAGAUUACUACAGUCAGAUCAGGAAGCAAUGAAAGUGGAAUACGACAUCAUGGAUGCAGCCCAAGCGGCGAGGGAGUCAAGUGUCGCAUUAUCAGAUUACGAAGCAGCAUCACCAUACGCACACAACAUGCUUAACGGAUCAGGCUACGGACACGAAGACGAAGACGUGGACAUCGACGGAGAUGACUACGACCCCGACGCACUAGCCGACGAACUGGAACGAGAGUUCAUGGAGGAAGGAUCUACGCCUGCACAGACCCCAGGUGGUACCGCAGUUCCUGCGCGUACGCCGGGUACAGCUGCUCAGAGCGAUGAUAGCGGGAGCGAGAGUGAUUCCGGUGACGAGAACGACAACGACGCCGGCAUGGACGAGGAGGAGAGAGAAAGGGCACAGCACCAGAAGUUGCUCAGGGAGGAAAUUGCGGAACUGGAGGCGACGAUUGAAAAUAAGAGACGGGAUGCGGCGAAUGCGCCUAACCCGAUCAUGCGGGCUCGUUUUAUGGAUGUUGUUACGAAGUUGCAGGCUGAGCUUGAAUUGAAGUUG